CCAUCUCCGUAAAUUUCCGAUAAAGAUUAUUAGAGCGAAUGAGAAAGAGCGUAAGAGAGAAAGGGAGGAAGCGAGUGUGAUGAGAUUCUGAGGCGGAUCGAGUGUUUCAUAAUAACCAAGAGUUCUCCAGUUGGUCUUGGCGACUCGUGUGUCCAGACGAAUUUUCGAAGCGCGAGAAAAAUUUUUCGUUAUCAGUCGCCAUAAAAAAUGUAUUGCAGUGCGGGAAGGUUUUUGAAGGAAAGUGAGAAGAUUCAAAAGCUCCACUGGCUCGGAGCUUUAUCGGGAAGAUUCGAGCCGACCAGCAGAAGAUUUUAUCACUGUGAAAACGGAGUUUAUGGAUACAGGAAAAAAAAGCCGAGCACGUACGAUGUGCCAAAAGAACAUCUCAGUUUGCGAGCUAAGUACAGUAAUUUUUACAGGCUCGUAACAGCGUACAGAGAACAUGCACAUAAACAGGCAAACGUGAAUCCAGUGGCGACUGAAAAGACCGACUCGGUGCCUGAACUCGACCGACGAAUGUACGGACUCGAUUUGAACGAGGUUGUUCCUUUUGAGGGAAUUUUAGCGACAGAAAAAUCCGAGGGUACUAUAAAAGAAGCUCUCGCUAUUUUGAACUCGAUUUACUGUGGAAAUAUUGGAGCAGAAUUUACUCAUCUCGAGAGUCUCGAAGAACGAGAAUGGUUUGCUGAGAAGCUUGAAAGAACGAGGAGCGAGUCGGUGAGCGAUGAAACGAAACGAGCGAUUGCUGCUGAAAUGUUGAAGAGCCAAACAUUCGAUCAGUUCAUGGCACUAAAAUUCGUAAGCGUCAAGAGAUACGGUUGCGAGGGUGCAGAAACGAUGCUGGCAUUCUUUCACGAGUUUUUCAAACUCGCGGCAAACGACGAUCUGAAACACAUCGUUCUCUGCAUGCCCCAUCGAGGUCGUUUAAAUUUUCUCACUGGAAUGCUCAAAUUUCCGCCGGAAAAAUUGUUCCGCAAACUUCGAGGACUUUCCGAAUUUCCUGAAGAUGCCAAAGCGAUCGGAGACGUGCCCAGUCACUUCGUUUCCUCCGUCGAUCUUGGCGUCGAAAAUAAAUGUCUGAGGGUCAGCAUGCUCUACAAUCCUUCUCAUCUCGAAGCUGUUAAUCCAGUUUCUAUGGGAAAAACUCGUGGAACUAUGCAAAUUGUUAAAGAUGGGGCCUACGACGAGAAAGAAAUUUCACAGUGGAGUGACAAAGUUCUCAACGUUCAGGUACACGGAGAUGCAGCUUACGCUGGUCAAGGAGUGAAUCAAGAAUCUUUGGCGAUAAGUUCUGCUCCCCAUUUCGAAAUCGGUGGUUCGCUUCAUUUGGUCGUUAAUAAUCAAUUGGGUUUUACGACGCCAUCGUCGAGGGGUAGAUCUUCGAGAUACUGUACCGAUAUAGCGAAGUCGAUAGCGGCUCCUGUACUCCACGUGAAUGCCGAUGCACCCGAAGACGUUGUACGCGCGACCAGAAUCGCUUUCGAGUAUCAACGAAAAUUCCGAAAAGAUGUUUUUAUCGAUUUGAAUUGCUUUCGGCGAUGGGGACACAACGAACUCGAUGAUCCUACUUUCACGAACCCUGUUAUGUACAACAUUAUUCAAAAUAGAAAAUCGAUUCCGGAUGUUUAUCGUGAGAAUCUCGAAUCAUCUGGAGUUCUUAAAAAAGAGGAUAGCGAAUUAUUGGUUGAAAAACAUACUGGUUGGUUGGCGGAUUCCUUGAGGCAAGUAGACGGUUACAUUCCUCAGCCUUCGUACUUCACUCAUCGUUGGAUGGGCAUAGAACAAGCUCCGGCUGCGGUCACCACUUGGGACACCGGAGUCAACCUCGAUCUGCUUAGAUUUGUCACCAACAAAAGUGUGAAUCUGAAAAAUGAUUUGACAAUUCAUCCGCAACUUUUGAAAAAUCAUGUUCAAUCAAGACUGAAUAAAGUAGCUGAUGGCGAAAACGUGGAUUGGUCGACCGCAGAAACAGCAGCUUUUGGAACUCUUCUCUAUCAGGGUUACAAUGUAAGAAUAAGCGGUCAAGAUGUCGGGCGAGGAACUUUUUCUCAUCGUCACACUAUGCUGGUCGAUCAACCAUCCGGAGAAAUUUACAUUCCCUUGAAUCACAUGGUCGAAGGUCAAACGGGAAAGAUCGAGAUUGCGAACAGUAUUCUUUCGGAAGAAGCGGUGCUGGGUUUUGAGUACGGUGUCAGUAUAACGUCGCCAUCGACCUUGACAAUUUGGGAGGCUCAAUUUGGCGACUUUUUCAACGGAGCCCAAAUAAUAAUUGACACGUUUGUGACGAGUGGCGAAGCCAAGUGGAUGAUGAGUAGUGGCCUGGUGAUGCUUUUGCCUCACGGUUAUGACGGUGCAGGUCCGGAACACAGUUCUUGCAGAAUGGAGAGAUUCUUACAAAUGACCGACAGCCAAGAGGACAAACCGGAUGGCGAUGACGUUAAUAUCCAAGUCGUUAAUCCUUCGACACCAGCACAGUAUUUUCAUUUACUCAGACGACAAAUGGUACGGAAUUUCAGAAAACCUUUGAUAGUCGUUGCCCCAAAAACUCUCUUACGGCAUGCAUCGGCAACUUCAUCGCUUAUGGAAAUGGCACCAAAAACAAGUUUCCAAAGUGUUAUUGGUGAUAACAGAGUUUCUGAUGCAGAUGUUAACAAAGUUAUAUUUGUCAGCGGAAAGCAUUAUUACGCUUUGGAUAAACAAAGAGAAAUAUCGAACGCCAAAGAUGUAGCGAUCGUUCGAUUGGAAAGUCUGUGCCCAUUUCCGGUCGCCGAUUUAAAUCAAGAAAUUCAACGAUAUCCCCGUGCUAAAACUUUCAUAUGGAGUCAGGAAGAACCCCGGAAUAUGGGACCGUGGAGUUUCAUCAAGCCACGAUUCGAAAAUUUAUGCGGACGUCCGCUCAAAUAUUCCGGACGAGAAGCUCUUCCUGCACCAGCUGUCGGCAUCGGUCGAGUUCAUCAACGCGAAGCGCAGGAAGUUAUAGUAAAACCGUUUUUGAUGAAAUAAAUAUACGUAAGUGGAAUGUCUGAAUCGGUAAAUUGGUGUAAAUAUUAAUUUGAUUGAUAUGAUUCGACAAAAAGCAUUCUCAUUGAUUGAUUAGAGAAAAAAAAAUAUAUUUCAGAAAAAUUUUAAUCUUGGCUCCCUUUUUGAAACCACUUAUAAUCUUUUAUACAAUUAUUUCGGAUGAUUUUUUAAAUUUAUUUUCAAUAAGCUCUAAAGAAAUGCAUCUUUAUAACAACAAUGUUCUGUAUAAUAUGGAUUUGAAGGAAUCUAAGACCCGAGUUGAACUUCUUUGUUAAAAAAAAAAAAAAUACUUUGAACUAAUAAAAGACGAUUUUUAUAGAUAAUUAUAGUUAUAAUUAUAAUUAUAGAUAAUAAUAAUUGAUCUUAACAAUCGUUAAUUAUCAACGGAA